CGGAACUUCCUGUCCCGGGAGGUAAGCGGAAGCCGAGUUUAGAAGGUCGCCGAGAGUAGGAGCUGAGAGGGCGUGUCCAAGCCGGAAGAUGGACGGGGCGUCCGCGGCCACCGGUGAAAAGCAAUCCCUUCUACCGCCUUCUCAGCAGGAGGGCUUGCGGCCUGACCAGCCCAACGAGGGGAACCCCGCCGCUUCCCAAGAAAUGGCUGCUUCUUUUUUGAAGACUUCAACUCUUUCUGUAAGGAAAAAACUAUUCCAACAAACUGGCUUUCCAGUAUACUGCACUUCUCAUGGUUUUUAUGAGGAAGAUGUCAAAAAGAAACUUCAGCAAUUUACUGGUGGAUCUAUUGACCUUCAGAAGGAAGAUGAUGGCAUUGGCAUUCUCACUCUUAACAAUCCAAGUAAAAAGAAUGCAUUAUCAGGAGUUAUGAUGCUACAGCUUCUGGAGAAGGUGAUUGAACUAGAAAAUUGGAAAGAAGGAAAAGGUCUUAUUGUCUGUGGGGCAAAAAACACUUUUUGCUCAGGAUCCGAUUUGAAUACUGUAAAAAGUAUAGGAACCUCAAAGGAUGGAGUUCAAUUGUGCAUGUUUAUGCAAAACACCUUAACAAGAUUUAUGAGGCUGCCUUUAAUAAGUGUUGCUUUGGUUCAAGGAAGAGCAAUGGGUGGAGGAGCAGAAUUUACCACAGCAUGUGAUUUCAGACUUAUGACUCCAUCAAGUGAGAUCAGAUUUGUCCAUAAAGAAAUGGGCAUAAUACCAAGUUGGGGUGGAACUGCCCGACUGAUUGAAAUUGUUGGCAGCAGACAAACUCUCAAAAUAUUGAGUGGGGCUCUCAAAUUGGAGUCUACAGUAGCCCUGAAAAUAGGAAUAGCUGAUGAAAUUCUACAAUCAUCUGAUGAAAGUCAAUCUUUAGAAGAAGCACGAAGAUGGCUACAACAGUUUAUCAGUGGUCCACCAGAAGUAAUUAGAGCUUUGAAGACUGUGGUUUCAUCAGGGAGAGAACUUGCUUUAGAAGAGGCAUUAGAGACUGAAAGAGACAUUUUAAGCACACUUUGGGGUGGACCUGCUAAUUUGGAAGCUGUUGCUAAAAACAAAAAAUUUAACAAGUAGUUUGUAGAGACCAUAUUUUAUAAACACUUCCUACUAAAAAAUGUUUUAAAAACUUAAGUAUAACAUUUAUAUUGUAUUAAACAUAAGCCGUAGCAAUUUUUCUAUAUUGGGAGGAAAUUAUCAUUUGUUACUCUAAUCUGAUUAAAAGUACAUCUUAAAACAGAAAACUAUACUUAUCCUGAAAGUUGUCGAGAAAUUGUUUUAUUUUUCAUUAAAUAACCAAGAUGAGAACACUAAAAGCUGUUUUCGAUUCUUUCUUAUCUAUUAAUAUUAUGUUCAUUCCUUUCCUCUUAGAAGAAUAUAGGUUGGCUAUAUGUGCCAAAUAUCUUCUGUUUAUACUAGAAAAUUAGAUUUUGUUAGUUUUGCUUUUUGUUUUGUUUUUACAAAGGAAUAGUUAGAUGAGGCAUAUUGGUUAAUAACUGGUGUAACAAACAAGGGGCAUGAAUAAAGCUUUUUAGAAAUCUGGUCAAAAAGAUCAGCAUUGUGAACAGAUAGGAAACUGAAUUUUAGAAUUAGAAUCUAAAUCCCAUUAGAACUGUGACUUCCAUAA